CCCCGGUCGCGCGCCCUGGCCGGCCCCUCCCCCCAAGCGCCGGCGGAGGCCACCAGCCUUGAGACUCGCGCGUCGUCGGUGGCGGGAAUUAGGGAUCCGGGAUGCCCUGAGUCUGGGAAGACAGAGACAGACCCCAGGUGCGGAGUAGCGGGCUCCUAAGCGCCACCAGGUGGAGCGGAAGCCUGGUGACACAUUUCGCCCCCCAACGGCCUCCCUCCCCUCCCCCAUCACUCUCCUCCCACUGAGGCCGCGGAUGGGCCAGCUCUGGAGACACCAGCUUCCCCCAGCAGGUGACUAGAACCGGGACCACCACCGGGGUUGGGAUGUUGUUGGCGAGCCCUACACCUCUCCCGUCUAUAUCAAAGAGUUUCUUAGCUGGCCUUCAAACAGGUUGUCGCUCCUUUGAUCGUCCCGAGAGCCUGGAGGAGAGUAGAUAGGGCAGGGGGCGGAGAAAGACUGCGCAGAUCCAGUCCCUGCCAGACUGGUGACCAGAGACAAUCAGCGGGUGCUACCUGGGCUGACACCUCCCAGAGAGAGAGAGACAGAGGAUCAUCGGCAACAAAGUGAAUUGCAGAUACCCUCAGGAGUUAACGGGCUUGUAAGAAGAAAGCCAUGGAGUUCCUUGGAGAAUUAUCCAACAAGACAGAGGAAGAGCAUUUCAAGAAACUCAAAACCUCCAGCCUUCAAGCCUCCCUGCCCUGGAAGCUCAAGGCCAAGGAUAUUCGAGCCACCAUCCCCCAACACUACUUGGUUCAGACUAAACAAACUGAGAACCUCUUGCUCCAGGUGGCCUUCUCUGUUGGGCUAGGCAGCAUAUGGCGUUACCCUUACCUGUGUCAACGGAAUGGAGGAGGCAACUUUAUCCUGAUACAUUUCUUCAUGCUUCUCUUAUUCGGAAUCCCUCUCUUGUACAUGGAGAUGACCGUAGGGCAAUGGCUGCAUGUGAACAAUAUCCAGGCCUGGAAGCAACUCGUCCCCUGGCUGGGCGGCGUGGGCUAUGCCAGCAUACUGGUGUGCACGCUGAUGAGCCUGUACAACAGCACCGUGGUCUCCUGGAGCCUGUCCUACCUAAGCAACUCCUUUAGUUACCCCCUGCCCUGGGACUACUGCCCACUGGUGAAGAACAUCAGUGUCACUGACUACUCUUGCCUUCGGACUGUGACCCAACAGUACUUCUGGUACCAAACCACCCUGCAAGCCUCAGGCCACAUUGAGGAAGGGGUCGAGGGCCUCGUCCUGAACCUCACCCUGGGCAUCUUCGCAGCCUGGGUCGUCCUCUUCUUAAUCAUGAUCACAGGGACACAGAUUUCAAUGCCGCUGCUGUUUUUGCAAAUAUUCCUCCCCUACAUCCUCCUCUUCUGCUUCUUCAUCCGAGGUCUCUUCCUGGAAAAUGCAGUUGCCAGCCUUAGACGUAUGGUGACAACAGAGCUCUCUGCCUUAGCCUCGCUGGACCUGUGGCGUCAGGCAGGAGGCCAUGUGCUCUAUUCCCUGAGCCUGGGCAUGGGCACCAUCGUCCCCUUCUCCUCCUACAAUGCUGGAGGCAACGACUGUAUCAAGCUGGCCUCCAUUGUGGCCCUAGUCAACCUGGUGACCUCCCUGCUGACCACGUCCAUCGUCUUUAUAGUGCUGGGAUUCUGGGCCGCCACCAGUGGCAGCACCUGUGUUGAGAAGAAUGUCUCGAUGCUGAUGAAGCUGAUAUCGAAAGGGUUGCUGCCUCCGAAUGCCAAGCCCCCCGAAAACAUCCUGCUCAUGCCCCCCAUUGACUACCUGGACUGGAUCAGCACCCUGCCCACAUACCUCCAGUACCAGGUCAUACAGCACUCCCUACCCUGCAGCAUUAAGGUGCAGGAGGAACAGCUCAUGGAGGGCCCGGGCCUGGCAUUCGCAGCCUUCUCCCAAGCCGUCUCGUUGUUCCCCGGUUCUUCCUCCUUCUGGGCCAUCAUCUUCUUCCUGUCCCUGCUCAUCAUAGAGCUGGCCACCUUGAUAAAAAUCGCAGAGGCCGUCAUCAUUCCCCUCCAGAACUCCGUCUCCACCUUCAUAAAGAAUCCCAAGCUGGUCCCAGUGCUCUUCUGCUUGGGAGGCUUUCUGGGCAGCCUCGUCUUCACCAGUCACGCCGGCAGCUACAUCCUGUCGUUGUUUGAUGACCUCGUGGUCCCGCUUACCCUCGUCAUCACUGUGACCUUCCAGAACAUGGCUCUGGCCUGGAUCUAUGGAGCCAGGAGGUUCAGGGAAGAAUUAUUCAAUGAGCUGGGCCGCCUGCUGUGGCCCACCUUCACUUUCCUGUGGUGCCAAGUGACCCUGCCCGGGCUGCUGGCCCUCCUCGGCCUCUGCAUAGCACAGCUGUACCAUAAGGUGGCCCCCUACUACAUCGCCUGGAACAGCAGUGCGAGCCAGGAAGUAAAACAGCCCUACCUGAAGAGGACCCUGGGCUGGGUCAGCUUCCUCAGCCUCCUCACCUUUCUGCCAAUCGCAGUUCACCCGCUUCAACACUGGUGGUACUUCGAGAACCCCAUUGUCUCUAACACCUUAGAGAAACCACUAACCUUCAAAAAGGCAUCCAUGGUGCCCCGCAAGCCCGUAGAAUGGCCUAAGCCCCCCGAGAUGAAGUCCACCCUAGAUCACCAGCAGAAUGACAGUGAGGACACACUGAAGGAGAUCAACCUGUCCCCAAGCAGGGAGGGGCACAGGAGCCCGUGGAGGGCCUGGAAAAGGAGCAGUCAGAACUCGUUCAUCCUGUCUGUGGUCAACUCCAUGCUCUCCAUGCGGAGCAGCACCAUGGACCCCUCGAGGCUGGCGACCCCAGACUCCGACAUUGCAGAAAACUCUGAGGUACACAGCGAGAACGACGUGGAAGAAAACCUGCCUGAUAAAUCUGUCCAGUAACUGGUGACAUCACCCAUUUUUCCAAGGCGGCAAAUCUGUGCCCUACCUGGCAGCAUUAGUGCCCAUUUUGCUGCAGGAAUAAUUGGUUCUGCUGGAAAGGAGCGGAGAGGCCCAACAAAACUUGCCUAGCAACCGGUGACGUCACCCAUCUGGCCUUGGAAGGGAAUGGACAACCCCAGAGAUCUGGUAGCACCGAUUCCGCCACGCGGAACUCUCUGCUCUGGGACUGGAAAACUUGGAAGAAGACAUCAGCUCGACUACUCAUGGGGCUGGACCUAGGGCCCCCUGUCCCUCUGUGAUGCGGGGGCACCAUUUUGGCGUGGUGAGGACGCACCUUCCAGAACUCAGCCUUCCCAGUUAUGGCGAGAGACAGCGUCCCCUGCAGCCCGCACGCCUCACCCGGCUGCGGCCAUGGUGUGUCUCUCUUCUCCAGGGCUGUCCUCUGGGAAUGGGUGUGACGACAAUGCUGUGGCUCAAUAAACGGGUCGGCUAGAACCCCGGGCACAGGCUGUGUUCUUCCCACGAGGGGCCCAGGCGUCAGCGUCCUCCCACAUGUGCACGCGCACGCGUGCACGCGCACACACAAGCUCCCGGUCACCUCAGUCUGCAGAACCAAGUGUCCACUCUGGUGAUGCCAAUCUCCCUCUGCCUUAGGGACACAGAUACUGAGUCUCCAGAUCCCUCCUCGUCCUAGCGUUGAGCCAAACUGUGGGGAAGCUCUCCAGUGUCACGCAACCUAGGAACCGCGUUGACUUUUAACUUGGUCAUUGACGGCCACGCCAAACCACCCUAGGAUUAAAUGUGUCCCGAAACUAUCAUCUCACUGUUCCUACCAAAAGGGUA